AUGCCAUUGACGCAGCGAGCAACCAAGUCUAGCUCUGACCUCAAUUCAGAGUUCUCAUCAGAAUCUGAUUCAGACGGCUCAGAUAUAGAGCUCAUCCAGGUCCGCACUGCACUUGUACCUGCACCUCCAGAUGCAACACUUCAAGAUCUGCGCAAGGCCCUUGAGGUCUCCCAGAGGCUAUUGCUCGACUUGCGCAGUAAAUGCCGCGAGGCCAUGAAGAGAAAUGCGCUACUUGAGGCUGCAGCACCUAAAGGUCGCAAUCGGUGCAACCUUACUGCAAACAACCUUGCGAUGGCAGCCAAGGAGGACGCAAUACGAGCUCUUGGGAGGAAGUAUUCAAUAACUCACUGCCUUUGGAUCAACAUCGAGCUUUUCCCGUUGUCAAAGUGCACCUAUCCAGACAUUGACCUCAAUAGCAAGGAGCGCUGGAUUACAGGGGUCUCGAUGGAGGAUGGUGUGAGGGCCGAACUAUUCAAGUUCAUUCCUGAAGAAGAACAUGAGAUGAUGAGCUACAAAAACUUCGGAUCUCAGUUCGGUAGGGGCGUGAGCAACACUCGUUCCGAAAUGGCAUCCGACAUCAAGUCAUGUGCGGGUGCCAUCUUUGGUCUGAAUGCGAACAUAUUCAUACGAGGCUACAAAAGAAAUGAAGACCCCAAUUGUCGCCCUCUUUUACUGAGUCCCCAUGGAGAGUACACUAAGUUUGCGCCUGUGCUGUUUCCUAGACCCGAUAAGCUGGUGCCAUAUGAGAUGCUCAAGACAGCAACGCUCAUGCAGGUCUUAAAAGUAUCGCUCUUUGGCAAGUCGUCAUUGGCACCCACUGGCAUGAUUGCCGCUGCUGCUGUCGUGGCAAUAUUCUUACUCUCUGGCGACGCAGAACUCACUGAAAUUGGUGAUACCACGAAGAUUCCCUACCGCGAAUACCACAAUUUCUACCGUCAGCGCUUAAUGACCGGAGGUGCAUGGGCCCACCAGGUCAUCACAUUCUUCAACGACGCUCUUUUCUCAGGAACUUCGUCUUAUGUUCCCCCUUCUGCUGCUCUCAAUGACAGACCAAGCCACACAUGGGAAGAAGACUUCGACCGUGCAAUAGAACAAGGACCAGUUGUUGACGACGGCCCGCCACUGUUACCACCACAGCAGGCUAACAACAAUAUUAGUGUCCGAGGUGGGCCACCCCUUAGUGAAUCUGAGGAUAAUUUCCCCCAUCGUCUGCCUCCUACUGCAUCUCAUCACACUCUGGCUGCUCCCUCAAUUUCUGCUCCCCUUGUUGCGGCUCACCAUGCUCCAGCUCCCUCAAUUUCGGCUCCCGUCAUUAUAGCUCCCCGCACUGCAGCCCCUCCUGUCGUCAAUAUGGCUCCUUCAGAGACCAUCUCCACUGCAAUGGACGACCUCAAUCUAGGGCGUAGGAUUGCUCGUGCUGAAGCUGAACUUCCUGCUCCAACUGAAGUACGCCCAAAACCGAAGGUGCGACGCAAAGGCAAGACACCGGCUGUAGAGGGUGAAGAUGUUGUACGGAGAUCUGGCCGGAAGGGUAAAUGA